GUGGAACUAAGCCCGACUCCAGCACCGACAUUUUUCACCACCACCACCACCGCCUAUAUUCUCCGACUGCGAUAACCACCCUCAAUCCCAGCAUCCAUGACCACACCCAUUUCAACCAACCAAUAAACCACCAAGAACAGACAUGUUCGACCUCCCCAACGCAAAACGCGUCCGUCGCGACGAACUCCUAUCCAGAACCUCCACCUCGCCCUCCCCCUCUCCACCCCCGGAAUCCUCCCUCACAAACGCCCACCAACGUCUCAGCGAACUCCUAAACCUCGAUUCCCUCCUCGCGCCCGCACCCACCUCCACCCCACAACAACCCGACAACCACACGGACAAUCUCAACGAAGACGAAGAACAAGAAUUCGAGUUCCGGUUAUUCAGCGCCCCUGCGCCUACAUCCACCACCACCGCCACCAAGAAAAACGACACUACCACCAAAGACUCAAACCCCACCGAAGAGAAACCCGCCCAGAAACUACGCAUCCGGGUCCGAUCGCCUACGCCCGGCGCGGUAGGGACGGAAGAUGGACGCUUCGUGAAGCCGUUUCGCGGAUGGGAGUAUUAUUUCUCGGCGCCGGGGUUGAUGGCUGGUACUGGGGAGGGGGUGGAGGAAGAGGAGAGGUUGAGGGUCAAGAGGAGGGAGUUUGAGGAUGUGGCUGUUUCAGGGGGGGAGGUUGUGCGGUUUGCGGGGGUGAAGUGGCCGGGUUGUCAUUUGCCGUGGAGGGUUGUUACUCUUAAGACGCAGCAGAAGGGUAAGAAGGGGUCCGGGGAUGCGGAUGCGGAUGCGGCUACGACCUGUGUGAGGGAUCCGGCUGAGAGGGCGCCGACGUCGUUGAAGAAGCCUGGCAAGAAGCGUCGGAUUCAGUUACGGAAGCGGGUUACGGCUGCGGAGGCAAAGAAGAAGAAAGAAGAGGAGGCGAAGCUGCUGGAGGCGGAGAAGCGCAAUCGGAAGAACCGCGAGAGGAAGAUUAAGCGGAGACAGAAGGCCAGAGAACAGAAGGCUGCCGCUGCUGUGGCGGCGGGUGGGGAUGCGCCGGCGGUUGAAAUGGAUGUGGAUGCGUCUUCGGAUGGGGGUAGUGAUUGAGGGAGGGGUUCUUGGAUGUAUGUUCUUCUGGCUUAGUUCAGCUUAUGAUACCCCGGUUGAGAUCGAAUCAUGGAUUUGAUUGAUUUGCCUUCAGCAUUUACAGAUUUACGGAAACGUGCGAGCACAAUGAGACACUAGCC